CCUAUCUACAGCUCAACCAAAAUGGAUGUCUUGGUCUCCAACCCCGACAGUCCCCCGAUCUAUACAGCGGCCUUCCUCCUCGGAAUAUUCCUCCAUGUCGGCUUGUUCAGGAUAGGCGAGUGGGAUCUCUUCGUCCCCCAGCUGCUACUCAUUUCCACGACAUUAUACUCGGCAUUGAUCUAUUUCUAUGUGUUUUACUCGCCGCUGGGUCCCGAUCUCUGGGUUCCUGUUGUGACCGCCUCCAAGCUAUUUUUUUUUCUCAUUGGGGGCAUUUACACCAGCAUCGCCACAUACAGACUGCUGUUUCAUCCUCUGCGUCGAUUCCCAGGACCUUUUCUUUCUGGGUUGACCAGCCUCUACCCGGUGUGGCUGUUAGUCCGAAAACUUCACAUGUACGAGGAAGUGCAGCAAUUGCACGAAAAGUACGGCGACAUUGUCAGGCUAGGUCCCUCUGAAUUAUCAAUCGCAAACGUGAGCGCUCUCCACGCCAUUCAUUCGGCGCAGUCACCAUGCGCCAAAGGACCAUGGUACAACAUAUUCCAUCCCAUGAUAUCUGUCCAAUCCGCACGAGACCACAAAGAACACGCACACCGGCGGAAGGUCUGGGACAAAGGAUUUAGCGCCAAGGCACUGCGAAACUAUGAACCCAGAGUUGCGAAAUACACGGAUUUGCUUCUGAGCCAAAUCCAGGCGCGCGCAGAGAAGCCCAUAGACGCCACCCUCUGGUGCAACUUUUACGGAUUCGACGUCAUGGGCGACCUUGCAUUUGGCAAGAGCUUCAACAUGCUAAAUGACGGAGUCGCACAUCAUUACAUGGAACUGAUGCACAAAGCGACCGUCUUUGGUACCUCGUUUGGUCGAUUUCCCUGGGCUUUUCUGCUCUCUCAGCAUAUUCCCAUUGUAAAUAUCCAGCACAAUACCUUUCUCAAAUGGCUCAAGAACCAAGUCAAGAAGAGAACUGAGGCGGAACCGGAGCUACCGGAUGUGUUCAGUGCGGUUCUAGAUCCCUACAAGGAGAAGGCCCAUCCUUCAUACAAGGACGAGAUGCAUCUGAUUGGAGAUGCAAACCUCAUCGUUGUGGCCGGAAGUGACACGACUUCGGCGACAUUGACGUGCGCCUUGUUCGAGCUUGUGACGCACCCCGAGGUUUACAAAAAGUUGCAAAACGAAGUAGACGAGUUCUUUGCGCAGAAUGAAGGACCGGAGCAUAUGGCGCUGUCGAAGCUCAAGUAUCUUCAGGCCAUUGUUGACGAAUCAAUGCGUCUUCAUCCUGCCGUUCCUUCGGGUGUCCAGCGGAUCACUCCCCCCGAGGGUAUGAUGAUUGGCGAAACAUUUAUCCCUGGGAACACGAUCGUGCAGAUCCCUACGUAUACAGUUGCUCGCGACGCAAGAUGCUUCAAACGCCCCGAUGAAUUUGUUCCUGAGAGAUGGACAACACAGCCAGACCUGGUAAAGGACGGCUCCGCGUUUGCCCCGUUCUCAAUGGGUAAAUAUUCCUGCGUCGGAAGGCAACUUGCCCUGAUGGAGAUCCGGUUCGUGUUGAGCCAGAUUGUACAUAGAUACAGCAUUAGUUUUGCACCUGGACAAACGCCAGAGGCCUUCUUGGAUGGACUAGUCGACGGCUUCACGUUGAUGUGCCCGAAGCUAGAGCUGGUGUUUACGCCGCGAACGGCUUAGACUGGGGAAGACGCAGGAUUGACGCCGAGCGGAAUUCCUGUUUCACGUUAGCUGCGAGCGAGACUGCAAAUAGACGCCAAUUUGCG